AUGAGCUUUCCACGCGCGGGUGUGCCGAGGGCUCCACCAAAUCAUACACUUUUUAUUAGAGACAUCUCGUAUCUUGCGACGCAAAAUGACGCCCUGGGCGAAAUCACCCAAGCCGGCAUUUUCAUUCGCGGCAACGUGAUCGAAUGGGUUGGAAAGAUGUCCGACCUUCCUCCAGAGCUUGCCGAAAGCGCGGAUAAUGUCAUCGACGGCAAAGGCCAUGUAUUCCUUCCCGGUCUGGUCAACACCCAUGCCCACAUGUUCCAAGCGCUCAACCGUUGUAUGGCGCAGCCUCCUGCGCAACGCGACGACGGACCAGCAGCUUCACGGUUGGCUCAAGACGCUGUACCCGGUGUGGGCUCAACACACGGUAGGCUGGACGAUACCAUCCGUGCCGCCCGUGUGCUGGGUUUGCGAUUCCACCCUGUCCGGGGGGGUAUGAGUGCGGGGGUCAGUCGAGGGGGCAUUGCCCCGGACUCGGUGGUGGAGCUGGAGACUGACAUACUUGACGACAUGCGGAGGUGCAUUCGGGAGUUCCAUGAUAACUCCAGGCUCUCCAUGUUACGCGUGUCGCUGGGUCCAGCCUCCCAGAAGACCGUCACCAAUGAGCUGAUGCUCUCCGCGGCCCGCCUGGCCAGGGAGCACCCGGGGGUGCGGCUGCACACGCACCUGGCGGAGAACCAGGAGGACAUUGAGUAUACGGAGCGGUUGUACGGCUACCGUUUUGGGCCGUACAUAAGCACCGUGGAGUGGGACAAGUGCGACUGCUGGUUUGCUCACUGUGUCAAGAUCUUCUGUUCACCCCUUCACCUCACCGUACGAUUUCAGUCGUACACGUCGUAUGAUGCACAACCAACUGAAACCCAUGCCCGCACCCAAAAGCUUUUUCCCCGACCAACCUACAACCAACCAACUAACCGAAACAACUACCAGUUGAACGAGUCUGAGCGGGCGCUAUUUGCCGAGCGGGGUAUUGGGGUGGCGCACUGCCCCUCCUCCAACACCCGCCUCGCAUCCGGCAUUGCACCUGUCAGGGCUAUGCUGGAUGCGGGUGUGAAUGUGGGUCUGGGGGUGGACGGGGCAUGCAGCUCGGAUGCGCAGAGCCUGCUCGCGGAGGCGAGGUUGGCGGUGCUGCUUCAGCGGGCAGGGGGGGAUCCCCGGGGCUUGGGAGUCAGGGAGGCUCUUCGGAUGGCCACUCGCGGGGGGGCCGCCAACUUGGGUCGGCAGCAGGAGGUGGGGCAGCUGGCUCCGGGCUUCGCAGCGGAUGUAGUGGGCUUCAAGGUGGCUGGGAAGCUGGCGUUUGCGGGCACAGUUGCGGACCCAGUGGCUGCGCUGCUGCUGUGUGCUCCGGAUGCGGGCCCAGUCAACUGGUCUAUCAUUGACGGUCACGUGGUUGUACGGGAGGGUGUACUGCUGGCGGCGGACGGCAACCUCUGGGUACGGCAUGAGGCGGCCGCUGCUGUCACCGGGACUGCCGCCGUCAGCGACGACAAUGUCGGCGAGGGAGUAAACAACUUCGUCCGUCUGCGUCCAAGAUGGAAGACGUAA